CAUGAGCAUUUUGUUUAAAGUAAUACACAAAGGAAGGAUCAAAAAUGAUUGAGAGAAACACGAAGAUCGAAUGGGAGCCAAGUGCCAAAAAUCAAUACCUUGCUGUAUUUACGAUCAAUUUUCUAGGAUUAGCCUGUGGAAUGGGUCUAGGUUGGACCAGUCCAAGUAUUUUGGUUCUGACUUCUGAUGAAUCACCGUUACCAUCUGGAAAAAUAACCAUGGAAGAAGCCUCUUGGAUCACAUCACUUUGGUCUGUCGGUGGUUUAAUUGGAUGUAUGACUUUUGGAUUUAUUACAAGUCACUUUGGACGGAAAUGGCCAUUGAUUUUUAUGAUUAUUCCGAAAACUAUAAGUUGGCUACUCGUUUUAUUCGCACAGAAUGUAUACUACUUGUACAUCUCCCGAAUAAUAUUUGGUAUUGCUGUCGGGGGUGCGACUAUGAUAGUGCCACUGUUCGUUUCGGAGAUAGCAAAUAAACGCAUUCGAGGUGCUUUGGGAGCAACACAGAUAUUGACCGUUAAUUUCGGAACUUUAUUGGCUUUUAUAUUGGGCAAUAGUUUUGAUUACUAUACAACUCCAACAUUUUUGCUCAUUUUGCUCUUCAUAUUCGCCAUUUCAUUUGCAUUCUUCCCGGAGUCGCCAACGGUUCUUGUAAGACAGAAUAGGAUUGCGGAAGCAGAAAAGUCGAUAAAAUUCUAUCAAAGUUUACGUGAAGGAGACAACCAAAGGCUUCGCUUGGAGAUAAACCAACUCAAAAGUUCACUGUGUUUACUUACAACUGAAAAAUGUGAUGAAAACUCAUUCGAUUGGGCGGAUUUAUUGACGAACCCUGGACGAAAAGCAUUGAUGAUUGGAGCCACUCUGGCGAUGCUAAUCAAACUCAAUGGUUCUACAACUAUGUUAUCUUACGGCGCGAAGAUAUUUAAAGCGCUUGGAUCGGCAGUGUCACCGAAUGUAUCGGUGAUUGUAGUGGGAGUGGCACAACUGCUUGGGACUUUUGUAACGAUUAAUCUCGUUGAUCGUGCCGGGCGACGGUUUCUUUACAUCGCAUCAACAAUCGGAACGGCUUUGGGCUUAGUCACUUUGGGCGCAUUCAUGGUGCUCAAAUCAUGGCAGUACGAUGUUGAAUUCUUCAAUUGGAUACCAAUUGUAAGCUUUUCAUUCAUUGCUUUUAUGGCAUCGUGGGCGUUGUUGGGUUUGCCAUUUGUUGUUAUCUCAGAAAUUAUGCCGGAAAAACUAAAAGAUUUUGGUGCAACAAUUUGUCAAACACUUAAAUGGUCGCUUGGAUUUCUCAUCCCAAAAUAUUUCCCAAUUUUGAUUAAUUUACUUGGAUUUCAUGGAACCAUGUUUCUGUUUGCGUUCGCUUGCCUAUUCGGAACGGUUUUUGUGAUUGUAUUUUUACCAGAAACGAAAGGGAAAAGCCGAGAUCAAAUCACGAAUUUACUGCGGUAGAGGUGCAUCAAACGAAAUAACAAUCAAACGGAGUGGACUGAAUAAUAUUAUUUAACAUUCGCAUGCACCCAAGCGAGUCCAAAUCACAGUUUGUGCAUGAGGAAACGAUAUUUACAGUCCAUAAAUACUUUUAUGAGCUUUUGACAAUAAAUUGACUUAUAUUCCAAUUGAAGCGCCUUAUUUAUUUUG